AUGAUGGGCGCGGCCAAGUCCGCCGCGAGUCCCGCCAAGUCCGUCGCCAAGUCAUCCGUCGCGAAGCCUUCGGUAGCGCCGUGGGCCAGGGGCCUCGUCGACAUAGCGGCCGACCCGGGCGGUAAAGAGGGCGUUAAGUGGUUCGACUCCGACCUCGUGGUGCUGACGGAUAAGUACCCCAAGGCGAGAACGCACUACCUGGUGCUCGCGAGAGACACGUCGCUGGCGGCUGGACCGUCCGCGCUGAGGGCUUCGCACGCCGAGCUGGUGGAGCGGAUGGCGACGGUCGGACGGGCAAUCGCGGCGGAGAAUGCGGCAAAGGUGAACGGGGGCGAAGAAACAAUCGCGCCGCUUCUUCGCGCCGGUUUUCACGCCAAACCGUCGAUGCCGACGCUGCACAUGCACCUCGUGUCGAGCGAUCUGCGCGGGAGCGGCAUGAAGACGCGGCGGCACUGGAACACGUUCGCGACGGACUUCUUCAAGGAGGCGGACGACGUUGUCGCGGCGCUGCGCGCGCGCGGGAGGGUGGACUGGGACGAGGAGGAGGAGGAAGCCGGGGUUGCGAUGGCGAAACUCCGGUGCCACAGAUGCGGGGACGGUCCUUUCGCGCAGAUGCCCAAGCUGUUCGCGCACCUCGACGAGUGCGAACGGGCGCUCUAG